AUUAUCCCUGUCCGUUGCUUCUCCUGCGGGAAAGUCAUAGGCGACAAGUGGACUAGGUACAUCAAGUUGCUAGAAGACGAGUAUAGCGAAGGAGAUGCUCUCGAUGAAUUGCAGCUGAAGCGAUACUGCUGUCGGCGAAUGGUCCUCACGCACGUCGACUUGAUUGAGAAACUUUUGCAGUACAACCGUAUGUCGCCUAUUAUCAUCCCUUGA